AUGCAAGGUAACAUUGAGAACUUGGUGGUGCAACGUAUUUUUCUAGUGACAGGGUGUUAUCAUUCAAGUGUCACAGCAAAUGCACAAGUCAACCAUGAUCCUAUUGAUGAGAACAAUGAAGUUAAAUGUGAGUUGGAGAAUGUUGCUGAUCAAAAUAUUAGUGCUCAUCAUGAAACUGAAAAACAUUAUAAUCAGGGUACUGCUGCUCAAGAUAGCCAGUCGGCAGUAGAUCCCAACUGGUGGGAAGGUGAAUCACAGUUCCUUUUGGAUUCACAGCAGCUAGCUGCAGGCAUUGCGAUUUGUGAUGAGUUCUUGCUGAGCCAGUCUUCUUGUGCUUCAGAUGAGGAAAAAAAUGGCAAACCGUCCUUGUCAGUAUAUGCUCAAAUUGGGGUUGAGGAUUUGAAAAAGGACCUAGAAGAAUGUCAGAAGCUCAGCUGUGAUGCCAAAUGCUCAAAUAUUGAACUUGAUACACCUCCAGAUAUGAGACUCAGCCAAAUUGAAUUUGGUUCGCAAGAUAGCUUCAUGGCGUGGACAGGAAGCAAACUUGACUGAAUUAAUAGGUGUAUCCACUGUUGCAAUUAAUUUAAAUUAUAAUUCAUAAUGUUUUGCCAAUGAUGAUGUUCUAGUUUUUUUAUGCUGCCAUUGUUGGUAGAGCUCCUAGUUUUGUGUACACUAACAUUGACUGGGAUGAGUUUAUAUAUUUCUCAUCAUGAUCUGGUUAUUUUGUUAGAACACUGCAGAUGAUUCUGUUAACUAUGUUGCUAAUGUUGUAGUAUUGCAUGAUGUUUUGAUUCGAUUA